GGGAGCUCGACCGAGUGAUAUGAGGCCUGUGGUGAGGAGUGAAGCCUGAGCUAGAUUGCCCCUCCCGUCGACCGAGUGAUAUGAGGCCUGUGGUGAGGAGUGAAGCCUGAGCUAGAUUACCCCUCCCAUCGAGUAUGCCAAGAUGGCGCCCAUUUCCUGCUCCCUAGCUAGUAAACAACACGCCCUGUAAGCUAGUCUGCCCAGCAACAGCUGACGCUGGCCAAUCAGCUCGUCUUGCCUACUUUGAUGUGAUUGGUCGAUGUGUCCAUAUAUAUGCUGACACCACCCCUGGGGAGAGAACACACACCAAAAAGAGGGACUGCUGAGAGAAGCACACAAGGAGCCGUAGAGAACAGACCAGAGGAGGCUUCCCUCAGGCGGGAUCCGAGAUCCCGGAACAGGGCGUACAAAGAGAGAAAAUAAAUCAGAGGCUAUCCGCCAACUACUCGUGUCGUGUGUUUUUUCCUGCCGGCCGGGAUCGACACCGACAUUUGGUGGCCCGUACGGGGAACUGAUCACCCCCGAGGCGAGGCGGACGACGCUCCAGUAUUGCUCUGCAGGACAGGAACCAGGACGAGAACCAUUGUGGGUCCCAGAACGGCUGACGCGUGUGGCGAAUCCAACGAAACAUAAUGCAGGAGACACUCCAAAACUCAACGGCAGCGGACAGCCUAAUCAAGAUCGGUCCGACCAGGAUAUUGCUGCUCGACCGAGGAAUACCGUAUGACUUAUGGGACACAGUAAUGAUUAUGCUCUCGAUAGUAAUUGGCUCUCUUUUAGGGUACGGUGCAGCCAGAGUGGCUAGGCCACGCCGCCUUCCGGCAGCCCCCUUCCUUCUGGUUUUGAUGCUCACCACCACUACUAAAAUAGGAGCAGACUUGGUGUGGGCAGCAAUACAUCAUCCGCCAGCGCUAGCCGCUAUCUCCACCACAGCCCCCUCUCUCCCAAAGUUGUAUGCAAAAAACUGCUCCGCCAGAUUGCCUUGCAUACCAGAUAUACCGUUAACCAUCAGACCCAUACGUUUUGACCUUCCCAUCACCAAUGACGUGGUCAUUUUUUCCACUAAUAGUAACCCCUCGUGUCACCGGGGAUCCUGCGUUAGCUUCCUGCCCCUCCUUGUAAAAUGGUACAAUACCUCCCUGACGGUGAGGUUGUCUGUCCCAUCCCUGCAUUCGCCUGGAUGUUUUAAAGCUGGCACACUUAGCGGCGGAGUCAUCACUUUUAACUCAACCUGCAAACCCCGAGCAGCCAUGCACACCCGUCCCGAUUUCCCCACAUGCCCAUACCGUGUGUCCCCAAGCCGAAAAAGACAGAUGGUGGACCUGUCACAACUUUCAUGGCAGCCCUGUACUGUCGACGGCGUGGGAGUGACUCAUCUAAACAUGUCUUGGUGGUCCCGGUUCUCUCCUCCAUCCGGUAGUAACAACAUAUUCGCGUUGACCUGGUGGGAGUCCUACCUGAGAGUGAACAACAAGUGGGCAAUAAGCUUCCCCUUCCCCCUUAAUAAAAAUUGGUUGUGCCUCUCCACCGGAGCCUGCAUGGACUUAAGACCCAUGCUCGCUAUUAACGCUUCUGCCUCUAAUGGAACCACCAAUGUCACCCUUAAUUCUGAGGCUGCAUGCGUAAAACCGCCCUACUUAUGGGUAUUCUCUGCUGACAUCUCCUUUAAGUGCAGUAACCAACCAUGCUUUACAGGGAACUGCUGGAAUGGGUCUUUCCCGUAUGCUAUGUUGGCUCUUCGACCCCCACUGAUGUGGGUUCCCUUUAACGAAUCUGUUUGGGUUCAUCCCGUCUAUCAGCAGGACCAACUACCCAUGCUCAGACGUAAGAGAGAUUUUGAGAUCACAGCGGCCCUGACAGCACUGUUCGUGACUCUGACUGCGACGGCUGUGACGGCUGCCGUUGCUCUGACCCAGUCUACGCUGACGGCUCAGGCCUUUACCAAUCUUACGGACACCACCUCCCUGGCGCUGAGGGAGCAACAAAAAGUCAACCUCCUCCAGCACAACGCCAUAAUGGCGUUACAGCAGCAGAUCGACCUAAUCGCUCAGGAAGUCCAGGGACUCUGGGAGGUGGCUAACAAUUUAUGUGACGCCAGAUGGGCAUUCACCCAGUUGUGCGUUACCCCCAUCCAGGUCAACCGUUCGGCUUACAGGCAAUUUCAGGAUUAUGUUCUCACCACCUAUAAUUCUUCCUUUUGGAACGCUAGCGUGCGCCUGGAUAUGACUAUCCGGCAGCUAGAUCAGAUAGAGGUGCCUAUACUUACAGCCUCCUUUUUUGAUGAUGUCCUAAGCCAGAUAGGCUCCUUCUUCAAACCUUCGUCACUUCUUGCGUAUGGGAUCAUUCUUGCUCUUGUGAUUGUCGCUCUCGUGACUCUUAGGUGCCUGCGGUCGAUAAGGGCGACCCAAAAGACACAUAUGACAUUGAUGAUGUUGCUGGCCCAGAGUCAAGGGGAUUCCACACCUAGCGUUUUCUGGGCUCAGGCUAGAAAGGCACGGCUCCUUUAACCAGUACGUGGCUGCCCUCGCCAUUAUUCUUACGGAUGUUCUAGUAUUAUUACGUACGUCUCCUUCCCCGUCGCGGCUGCGAACUUAGACUAGAAGGACCCCACGCUUAAGGCGUGUUCCCAUUGAUAAUUAGAAAAUAGUAAUUAGUGAUUGUAGUAAACGGGGAUUAUGGUUGGUAAUUAGUGAUUACGCGGUUCCUCAAAUGUCACUCGGCUGACCCCUCCGUGUCUCCCCCAAGAUAUAAGCUUUAAGAGUUGAGUGGGCAAGCCAACAACGGGUAAGACGGGAGAAGUUCUCCUGAUCAACCUAAGACAGGCUCUACUCCGAGGGUCC